CCACUGCACUAGAACCUUCACUUACCAUUUAGCUUGCACAUCAGUCAGCCAAGCAGUUACUCCCUGGGGUCUGGAACUUCAGCCUGGUCGGGAGACUAGUCAUGCCCCAGCCGCUGUCCACAGCGAAGUUAUGGAUGCCGAAACGCACAUCCCAGCCCGGUUCAUAAGCAGAGGUGCAAAAUGUCUGAAGCCAUGAGUUAAAAAACUUUUGCCAGAAAGGGGGGGAAAUGGGGAGAUACUGAAAUGUAUGCAAUGCAUUGGGCGUCGCGCACCCCACUUCACUGUCUCAGAGUUCCACCUCUUCUGGAGUGGGGGCUUACCUCCAGGUCGCAUAGUCCUGAAUUCUUAGUCUGGCUCAAUCUGGGUCCUACAUCAACUAUUAAAUGAGAACAAGAGAAAUACUUGUCUCCUAAAGGGGUUGUCGGAUUAAAUGUUAGCCCGGCCCUUCCUUCUUCUUCCAGGGAUUCUAGGUCCUCAGCGUGAUUGGGGCCGCGCGUGAGGGAGCGGAGCGCAGCCCGCACCCCGGCUGGUGGCCUGCCCCGCCCACGUGGGGCCGCGGCCGGUCGAAUGACUCCGUGCAACGUGUUGGCGGCGGCGGCGGCGGCGCGGGCUCUUCCGGGCGCCGCAGUUUCCUGCCAAACACCGCGCAGCCGCCUCGGAGCGGGAGUCUCGGCUGCAGGCCCGGCGCGGGUGCGGGACCGGGCUCCGCUGCGCGCCCUGCCCGCCCGCCGGCACCAUGCGCGCCGCGCCGCUGCUGCCGCUGCUGCUCGUGCUCCUGGCCGCGCCCGCUGCCCGCGCGGUCCGUGCCCAGGUGGUCGCGGAGCCGCAGCCCCAGCGCCCGGCGCCCGGCUCCCGGCCAGUGAACGCCACCCGGACCGGGUCGGGGGCGGCGGCGGUGACGGGCGGCGGCGGCAGCUCCAACAGCAGCGGCGACGCCCUGGUGACCCGCAUCUCCAGCCUGCUCCGCGACCUGCCCACCCUGAAGGCGGCCGUGAUCGUGGCGUGCGCCUUCACCGCCUUCCUCAUCGCCUGCCUGCUGCUGCGCGUCUUCAGGCCGACACUCUAUCCACCGAGCCAAACCAGCCAGGGCUGCACACUGGAGUUUUGAGUUUCCCACAUGAGUCAAGAGUGUCGCUAACAUGUCUCUUUGCCACAGGAGGCCGAGGGCUCCCGAGAGCAGGGCUGGGCCUUCAUCGUUUGUCUCUCUAACCCCUACUGUGGCUCCAGGCACAAGCUGCCAUCUAAUAAAGAUAUUUUUAGCAAAUGAAUGUUGAACUUCUAAGUAGUUUACACUUGCUGAUGAUUCUCAAAAUGUCCUCUCUAACUAGAUGCAUGGCUGAUGCCGGAAACCGGUGAGGUAGGAAUUGGUUUGAAUGGUGGCCCUUCCUUUCCUUAACAGUGUAGAUAAGGGAGGAAGGGGGCAGUGUUUUUGUUUAUAAAGUGGCAGUCCUGGCCUAUUUGUCUGUUUUCCCUGAAGGAGUCACUUUGCCAGACAACAGAAAAAAUGUGGAUCCAAGGAAACUUAAAAUUAGAAGCAAAGAAUGUGUAUUGCAGUGGGAAAAAAAAUCUUUAGCCAAGCAAUUCCAUUCCUAAGGCACACACAUUUCUCACUGUGAUACAGUCUCUUUGCUUCUAAAUGUAUUAUUAGGAGAGGACGCAAGGAUGCACGGGCAAUGGAAUUCAGAGCAGUUGUGUUUGAUGGCAAAAGGUUUAAAUAGAUCUAAGUUUGCAACAGUUGGGCCUUGGUUAAAGAAAUUAUGGUAAUCCUUACACUGAAAUACUAUAUGGCUGUUAAAAAUGAUGGUGUUGCCAUAAUACUAUAUAUUGUUAAAUGGAGCAGGUUAUAAACCACAUGUUUAGUAUGAGCUCAUUUAAAUAAAUAAAUUAUUUAUGUGAAUGUGCCCCAAAAAAUCUAUGUUCGUGUAUGUAUUCUACACGUGAAUGUAUAGACUGUUUAUGACAUCUUUAUCAUUCAUGCUACAUUUCUACAUUGUCUGAAUUUCCUUAAAGUGGACAUCUAUUCGUUAUUUCUCCCCCUGUCUGUACACUCAGCUCCCUGCUGCAUCCUUGGACGUGCCCCCCCUGAGGACCUGUAUAAGAGCAUCGGGGUGUACACCCAUGAGUGGGAUUCCCAGGUCCGGGGGUACACAUACUUGAUACGCUUGAGUCUACACUGUUCUACCCUCCCAUCUGCAAUGCCUGUGGGUGGGGCAUCAGGUUCUCCCAUCAUGUUCAAUACAUUAGCAUUAUCAGACUUGCUAAGGUUUUCCAACAAAAUGAGUGUGAUUUGGUAUCUCGUUGCUUUGUUUUGCGUUUUCUGUUGAGGUUCAAUAGCCGUCUCAUCUCUCCCCAUACUUAUUACUCCAUCUGUGGAAUCAUUUAUACCUUCUUAAUGUAUUUUAAUCAUUAAGAAAAACUACUUUAAGACGAGACAAAAUUGGAAGGAGGGACAGCAGUUUGAAGGCAGAGUGCCCUCUGGCCAGAGUACGUGUGUGUGUGUGUGUGUGUGUGUGUGUGUACGUGUGUGUUUGGUACAUGCAGUUCUGCCCAGUUCACAGUGAAGCCAUUCCCCCCACCCCUCAUGUUGUUCCUUGACGUGCUUCUGAGAGCUGGAAGGGAAUCAACUAAGAAGCUGUGUCUAGUAAGUGGAAAACUUCCAUUCCCCCAUUUUGUUGUUGUUGUUGUUAAUCUUCACCUGAAGAUGUUUUUUUCCAAUGACUUUCAGAGAGAG